AUGUCGCCGGACCCAGAAAGAACAAAAAAGGCACCUCGCAAGCACGUCACGACCGCCUGUGUACCGUGUCGAGAGAGCAAGAUCAGGUGCGACGGAGCAACUCCGCAUUGCCAAAAUUGCCAGCGCAAAGGGAAAGAAUGCAAAUAUCAGCAUGGGGAUGACAAGCGCAAGGUAUCUUUACGAGCUGCAACGGAAUUGUUCUCUGCUCGGAUUGAUCAACUUUGUCAUUUUAUUCAGGAUCAGGGGUUAGUACCCCCGCCUAUGAACCCGGAGGAUGAGGCGGGUAUGAAUAGGGUCCUGGAUACCCUCCAGAUUCCGCGCGGGUUUCCUCAAACACCAGUGGUUGCUGCGCCCGCUCUCGAGAAACAGUCACCAGUUGAGACAGCGGGUCCUGUGAUUUCUGGCCAGUCCCCUUCUCGGAGUCCGCCUGCUGCUAGUCCCAAUGUACCAAAUCCCACGACAGACUUGGUUGCUCCGGGUGUAUCGCCAGUGCAGGAUACGUCCUCCAAUGGACAGUUUCCUUCACCCGAGGGCUGGAAUCCGUUUGGAAUGGUGCGCGGUGCUUCCGAAAAUCAGAACUUCGUUCAUUGGGGAUUUACUUUACCAACUGCCGAAAGCCUGGACAACAUAUAUGCCAAUCUUAAUGGAGGAUCCAGUGGCCCUGGUGCCCAUGUACCCGGGAUGCAUAUCAACAACGGACUCAGCCCGGAUAGCCUACCGCUAGGCAUAGACAUGGUCCCGCAAGCUCAUGCUCAAUUGGGUCAAUUACCGCCUGAUGCAGAGCAUGAUUCAGACAGCGGAGAGGAAGACGAAGCAGAGAAUGACGUCAUUGAGCAGUUAUCUCAUCGUAUUGGGACUCUCAAAAUCGCCGGAGAUGGCCAUCUCCGAUUUUACGGUGCUACUUCUAAUCUCAACCUGGUGGAUGUUUCUGCGACUCAGCAGCGGCAGCGACCAGAUGCUCGUACUGUCCGUCAUGAUGGUCAAGAUAUUCUAAAUCACCUCCGGGUUGGACAGCCUGUUGAUCAGGCUCUUGAGGAUCAUCUUGUGGAGCUUUAUUUCACGUGGCAGAAUCCUAGUACUUAUGUUGUUGACAAAGACAUGUUUAUGACUGCACGAUCUAAAUGGCGCAAUGAGUUUGACGAUACUCCUUUUUACUCGGAGGUUUUGACUAAUGCGAUGUGUGCAAUCGGGAGUGCUUUCGAAGCACGAUACCACCCCACGUUUAUCACAUUUCCUAAAUCUCUUUCCGAGUUCUUUGCAGACCGAGCUAAGGCUCUUCUCGAAAUCGAACUUGAUUCUCCUUGUGUGGCGACUGUUCAGGCGUUGGUUAUCAUGAGUUGCCAUGAAGGUGCCUCAAACCGUGAUGCUCGCGGUUGGUUGUAUAGCGGAAUGUCUAUGCGUCUCGCUUUUGAUCUUGGGCUUCACUUGGACAUGUCGACUUAUGUCAAUAGAGGCGAUAUCACUCAAGCCGAGGCGGAUGUACGUCGGGCAGCAUUUUGGGGAAGCUAUGUUGCAGACCAUUUUUGGGGGUUCUACUUGGGACGCCCAUUCCGCAUGAACGCUGGAGAUAUCAGUGUUCCCAAGCCUGCUUCUUCUCUUGGACCAGAAAAGGAAGAUACGUGGCAUCCAUAUGGGCAUCAAGCCGCUCAAGGAAUGGUUCAAACUGGUAUCAAAAACCCUACGGAGUUGAUUUGCAGACAAUUCGUUGUAUUGUGGGAGAUGAUCUCUCCAGUUGGUCAUAUUUUGUAUGGAUGUUCUGAUAUUUCUCGGCAUGAUUUGCAAAGGUUAUGCUACCAAGUUACCGAAGACCUUUUUGCUUGGAAAGAGAAUCUUCCAUCUAGUCUAGAGAUCAACCUGGAUGAUGAUGUUUCACCAAAAUUACCACAUUUGAUGAUGCUCCAUAUGCAAUACCACCAAAUCAUUAUUUUCUUCCACCGCCCUUGGCUCUCCAAGAGCUAUAUCCAACCCCAAGCUCCGCGACAAGGCCCGGGCUAUCACCACGCGCGCCGGAUGUGCGUCGAAUCCGCCACAGCCGUCGCACGCCUCCUCCAUCUCUACGAAAAACACUACACAUUCCGCCGCAUGAACAACCAAGUUGUGGCGGUAAUCUUCAGCGCAGCCCUAAUGCUUCUCUUUGUAACAGUCUCUAGUUCCCCUCUCAGUCCUGGCAAGUCCGGCAACAGUCCAACAUACCCCCGCAGCGCAGAGAUGGUCGCCUACCUCAACCUUUGCUUCCGCGCUCUCGAUGAGCUAGGUCAAUCAUUUGACAAUGCCAAACGAACUCGUGAUUACCUUGUCACUCUCCAACGCCGCUGGCAAGCACAUAUGCGUCGUUCUGGCUCAGCGACUAAGCGUCAGAACAGCAGCGCGAACCUGCAAUCGAUAUCUUCAAACUCUUCGACUAGACAAUAUGGCCGUGCGAUUAAUACCCAGGGGGUAGACUCGCGCAAGAAAACUCGUCUGUCUGUUUCUGAGCCCCAACCUCAUAUGCAAUCUGCUUCGGAACUGCCACCUAGUCACCAAAACCAUCUCCCUCAACAACCUCUUCCACCUCAACAGCAACAAUCUUACCAAACGCCAUUUUCCGCCUCCCAGCUCGGUGACCUAGACUGGAUCCGGGACUCUGACUUGCGUCUUCUAUCCGAAACCCAUGGCGCAAAUGGAAAUGCCCAUGCGUCGGCUAAUGGCAUGGCUCAUAUUUCUUCCCCGCCGUUCCCUGAUGACCCUAAUAUGCUGGCUGAUCUUGGGGAUUUUGAUGGUUGGUGGCAGCCGCAGAACAAUUCCUCUGGAAUUGGAGGACCACCUUUAUGA